CUGUCUUACUCUUACUAUUCCCACCGCCUUCCCACCCCUAUAAACCACUCACCUUUCAUACACUUUUUUAUUUUCUCUUCAACAAUUUUCCCACCACAACUAUGAAUCCAAGACAACAUAGUCAUCCUCAACUCGUACCAGAGGGACCAAUUGGCUUCUCCACCACUCUCUUGCGUUCUCAUGAAGCAUUCCCCUCAUGCUCUUUUCUUCCUCACACUUCACCUUCUCUUUCUGCUUCCUCAGCGUCUGAGAAGGUAAUUACUUUGCCGCACCCACUUCAAUGUUUGCAAGGGAAUCCGGUUCCAGCAUUUCUAUCCAAGACUUUCGACCUCGUUGACGAUCCAUCGUUGGAUCCGAUCAUAUCAUGGGCCUCAGCUGGUGUUAGUUUCGUCGUCUGGGAUCCUACCCUGUUUGCAAUACAUGUCUUGCCCAGGAAUUUCAAGCAUAACAAUUUCUCCACUUUUGUUCGCCAGUUAAAUACCUAUGGAUUCCGCAAGAUUGACUCUGAUAAGUGGGAGUUUUUUAACGAAGCUUUUCAGCGAGGGAAGAGAAAUCUUCUGAAGAACAUCCAAAGGCGCAGACAUCCUCAUCGUGAAGCAGGUAAAGCUGGGCUUGAAUUUGAAAUAGAAAGACUAGGGAGGGAGAGGAGUGUGUUAAUGCAAGAGGUGGUUGAGUUGCGGCAACAGCAGAGAACAACACUUCACCGUGCUAGACAAGUGAAUCAGAGGCUCCAAUCUGCAGAGUUAAUACACAAACAAAUGUUUUCUUUCCUGGCAAGGUUACUUGAAAACCCUGCUUUCUUAACAUGCCUUCAGCAUGAGAAGGAACAAAGAGAUGAAGAAGUAGAAUCUCCUAAAGUGAGAAGGAGCUUUGUCAAGCAGCACCAAGCACAAACAGGAAUAUCAGAUUUUUUGAAGGAAGGACAGAUUGUAAGUUACCAACCUGAUUGGAGAGAUGCAACCAUCUCUUCCAAAAUACCAGAAAUGUGUUCAAAUUACCUUUCACAGGCUUUGGCAGAAGAAUGGAGUGAAGGUGCUGAGAAUCUGGUGUCAUAUUCUGACACCAUUGGGUUAAAGUCGUCAAGCUUUGGACUUGAAGAUACCCUUUUGAAAGGGAAAAAUGUCAUGAACUCAAAUCAAGAUCUUCUUGCAGAGAAGAUUGAUUCUUUCCCAGAGGGUUUGACUAAUGAGGCUGGAUUUGCAGAGUUUUCACCUCUAGUUGGAACAGAAAGCAUAAUCAAGCCAGAAAAUAAAGCUUUCAUUUCAGUGGCUCUAGGGAUGGACCUUGGGGAAAUGGUAUCAAGCAUGAAGGACAAGAAUUUAGAUUCACAAGUGGUAUGUCAGACAUGUGGAACAUUUGUUCACUGUGGGCAACACAGAGUUUCCGAACUGAAGAUCCAGCACUGGAUGAAGGAGAAAGUCUUGCUGGUCAGUGAUCUUUCAAAAAACAUGAUAGAAAUAAAAAUGUGGAUCCAUUGCACUUCAUUUGUUUCUGCACAUAUUGUGCUGUGUUAAUUCCCAGAAGUCUAAUUAUUGUAUAAUUUGAUUUGUA